UUUCAGUCAUAUUUUGAAACAUUUAUUACGUGAUCAUAAAGAUAAUAUUUAAAAAUAUAAUAUCAUUAUUAAAUAGUUCCAUUUCGGGAUUGCCGUUUUUUUCGGCUGUGUAAAUUAUCAGUGAUAGUGCGUGAAGAGUCGCAUAAAUGAAUGAUGUCGUUGAGGUCGAAGGUAUUAGCUUUACUGGAGGUAUUUUUACGAGUUCCACCGCUCUUUGUGGUGGAUGAGUUCCUGAAGAUCAGCUUGGGGCUGCCGGUGUCGAGCGGCGAAGAGGUGCUGGUGCUCAGCAACGUGACGGUGGAUCACGUAGACGUACCAGAAUCAGAUGGAAAUUACUACGAUGCUAACUUUUACAAUGCAUUCUUCUUCACUUUCUUCAAAUUCGUCGUGUGUUGCUUAGGAUGCAUGUCUUCGCUCUGCGUGUUCGUGCUAUACACGAAGCAUCUUAUCAUCGUGUACCUGUACAUCAUCUCGCUCGGCAUUGUCUUCAUCUCCUACUGGGUCAACGUGUCAGCCAUCAAGCAGAUUCAGACACUGACUCAAGCUGUCGCCUCCGCCCAGCCCUCAGCUAGCAUACUCGAAGACAUUCUCAAUCUAAACGUGAAGAAUCUACUCGAUCUCGACGGCCCCGGCUUUCUAGUCAUUCAGAACUUUGUCAUGCAAUAUAGUCUAUCGUAUCUCUUCAAGAAUGUCCAUCUUGGACCCCACCACCAGACGAUACAGAAGAUGCUGCCUCUCAGUUUCAUGGCGCCGUCGUUCCUAGCAAUGCUUCCCGUGCCGCCGAGUUUCCUGCAUCACUCACCGGUCUUUUCUACGCUGUUGCCACUCUUCCUCAUCAACUACGUCCUCUGGUACUCCGCCUACACCAUAGUCCAAGUCAUCUAUACGGGCUACCAGCACGGCAGGCUCUUUGUCAGCAACUACGGCCUGUCAGCGUUGGUCGAGACAGAGUGGAUGCGACUCAAUGUACCUUGCGUAUUGAGGGUGUUUUGGGUAUUGAGAGUGGCCGAACAAGCGAUACUGCUCCUUGUGGACAACUACGAAGACGAUACCGAGGAGGCUCUUAAAGUUUCAACUCUCCUGGCUGUCCAGUCUCUCGCAUCUAUGGCAAAAUCUUUGCUAGUGACGGGAUGCGAAACGAUAACGGCCGUGCUUGGAAUGACGUCGGUGAUAUCUUUCUUCUGUCAUUACAUUGGCAACUUCUUCCAAUGGAUUUUACUAACUGAUGAAGAGGAAGAUAAAAGUAUAGGCACCGUAUCGGCAAUACUGUUUUACAUACUAGCACUUCAGACCGGAUUAACGUCAUUAAACCCUGAGAAAAGGUUCAUAAGAUUGUGUCGGAACUUCUGCCUGCUCUUUACCGCGCUGCUGCAUUUUUUGCAUAAUAUAGUAAAUCCUAUCUUGAUGUCUCUGAGUGCCUCGCAUAAUCCCAGUACUCACCGACACGUCCGCGCCCUUGGAGUGUGUGCGUUUCUCAUUCUCUUCCCUAUAUCAUUAUUGGUGUAUCUCUGGUCCCAACAUUCCGUCUCUACUUGGUUGCUUGCCGUUAGCGCUUUCAGCAUAGAAGUGGUUGUCAAAGUGGUCGUUAGUCUAAUGAUAUACUCUUUGUUCCUAAUCGACGCAUAUAGAAGUACAUUCUGGGAGCAGUUGGACGAUUACGUUUAUUACAUUCGCGCCUUCGGUAACACAAUAGAAUUCUGCUUCGGGAUCUUUCUGUUCUUCAACGGAGCAUGGAUUUUACUCUUCGAGUCGGGUGGCGCGAUUCGUGCGGUUAUGAUGUGUAUUCACGCGUACUUCAACAUCUGGUGCGAGGCGCGUGCCGGCUGGUCGGUAUUUAUGAAGCGACGGACUGCGGUCAACAAGAUCAACUCGCUGCGGGAAGCUUCCUCCGAUCAGUUGAACCAGCUGGACGACGUAUGCGCGAUAUGCUACCAGGAAAUGCACUCGGCAAAGAUAACACGCUGCAACCAUUACUUCCAUGGCGUCUGCCUCAGGAAAUGGCUCUAUGUUCAGGACAGGUGUCCAUUGUGCCACGAUAUAUUAUACAAGAUUGAAAACGACCCGAAAGAUAAUAAUUCGGAGGCCGGCAACGAGGAGAACAGCAACAAUCAGAACCUCCUCCUUGAAGAGGAGCCCGAUUUGUUGCCAGGCGACGGCGUAAGGUGACUGAACAACGAGCACUUGCAAAACCUUGAUUAAAUGUAAUUAAUAAUGAGUCUUAGAAUCCGAGUUUUUUCAGUGGUAAUUUUAUUUUUGUAUAGUAAGUUAUUUGUUUUUUUUCUAUAUAUACAUUAUAUAACGAAAUCGGUUGGCUACUUGUGAUUUGAAGUUUAAAUUUUGUAUUGUGACGUGUGGGUACAUAUACUGUGCGACAUCUGUUAGGUUUUAAGUUAGUCUCGCGUAGUCCUGUUUAUCUUUAUUGCUGUCUAAAGGAAUGUUCACAUUAUUU